AAGAGGAUGUGUGGUAAUAAAAACAGGCGGCGCUGCCAACAGUGUUCCACAACGUCCCGAGUGAGAGAGAGAACUGGUACAGAGCGUCUCACCCUCUUGCCCCAGUUCCUUUUUUAUGUUCGACGAGUUUGUCCAGGAAGAAUAAUCGGGGGGGACCAUGUUUUUCAUUCCUCUGGUGGUUUCUUUGACGAGUCUCCUUUGCUCCGUCCCUGUCUCCUACUGUGAUGAAGAGUGUGCACCCAAACCUGUGUUCACUCCGUCCACACUGGUCGUGAAACAUGGCGACUCGGCGACCGCCACGUGCACCGUGUGUCCGUCCUGCACCGAGCGCUUCAAUCUGGAGAAAGCCAUCGGAAGUCACACAAAAAAUAACAACACCACAAUCACGUGGACGGUCGACAGAUUUACCGAGUGGAGCACAAAGCCUCAAUGCUAUUAUGGUGUUAAGCAGUGCCGCAGCCUCCUGCCUGUUAUUGUUUACAAACCUCCGGACAGUGUCUCAUUCAGCUUCACUCACUCGGGCCCGAUGCUGGAGGCUCAUCAGUACACGCUGCAGUGCAACGUGAAGAACCUGGCUCCGGUUCAAAACCUCGUGGUGACCUUCCACAGAGGUCAGAACUCAACGGUUCGACUGAAUUCCACCAGUGAGCCACAGAAAAAACCAGUGAGCAAGGAUUUCUCUCUGAGCAUCACCGCCAGCAGAGAAGACGACGGAGCUCAGUACUGGUGUGAAGCCAAACUGGAGCUGGGACCUGACGGACCACAGCCCCCUCCAGUGGUGAUGUCACAAAAGAUCACCGCCACCGUCCACUAUAAACCUCACGUGGAGAGGUCAUCCCAUCCGGAACACGUCGUUGUCACAGUAGGAGAUCGUCUCCAGCUGAACUGCUCAGCUGAGGGAAACCCCCCCCCAUCGUUCACCUGGCUGCUCCCUGGGCGCGGGCCGCCUGGGCCCCCCCUCACCGCCACACCUCUCAUCAUUCAGUCCGUCACUGUGCAGGAUGAAGGCCAAUACGUGUGUUACAUCACAAACUACAUGGGGACCGUGAACACCACCUACAACGUGCAGGUCAAAGAAUUGGAGUUAACCUCAACCAGUUUGCCUCCAACCACCACAGCCACAACCACAACCACAACCACAACUACAGCAGCAACAACUACAGCCACAACCACAGCCACAACCACAACCACAACUACAGCAGCAACAACUACAGCCACAACCACAGCCCCAACUACAGCCCCAACUACAGCAGCAACAACUAGAGCAACUACAACUACAGCGACUACAACUACACCAACAACAACUCAAACCACCACCCCCGAGCUGACCACUGCACCGGGCAGCAGCACCAGCAUCCCACUGACUCACUGGUUUAUUACGUGGAUCCUGGUUUUAUUCUCUCUCGUGAUUUGAGCUUCAGAUAAAUUAAGACCCAAAAAUAAGAUGUAAUGUAACCAUGACUAUAUGCAGUGUAGAUCACAUCUAAAGUCAUUGUCAUAAUUGCUGUGGUUUAUAAGCAGUAAACUUUUAAAUAAAUAAUACAUUUUUCAUG